CCUGCUUUACCUUAUUAUCGAUGGAAUUACAGGGGGAGAGUGUCCAAAUAGUGAGGACACGUCACGACGAAGCCCCGCGAUUGAACCCCAUCAAUGUGCGUGGACGGAAUACGGGACCUCCUGCUACGUCUAUCUGUGUCCAUGUUCCAACGGGACGACUGAUAUCCUCAAGGCGACAUUUUUCCGAGACCUCAGGAGUCCUGCCAUCUCGCCCUCUUCUCCCCAUCACAGUACCUGGAUCGAAGUUAUCUGAAUAGUCCUCUCAUGUGCUUCCCCCCCGCUUUCUACACGACGUAUCUGCGAAUAUUUUCCGCGUACGGACCGGCAUGACUUACUCUUAAGUACAAGUCGCAUCUCCGAGAGUAGUCCGACGCAAUGCUAGUCCAGCCAUUCCUUGCUCUCGUUGUCUUCAGCAGCUGUGUAGUAGUCUUCGGCGGUCGGAUUCCUGCUUUCCGACGCCCCAAACCACCGGGGAUACCAAAGGUGGCAGUGGGCGACCUCGAAGUAGUAGCAGCCAAUGCUCGACUGCGCGCACGCGAUCUGCCACCGUACGACACGAUAUAUUACUUUGACCAGCUCAUCGACCACGAUGAUCCGUCCAUGGGGACAUUCCAGCAGAGAUACUGGCACUCUGCUGAGUUCUAUGAAGCAGGAGGUCCGAUAAUUCUCAUGAAUGCUGGCGAGGUCGACGCGAGCAGUUAUUACGGCUACGUGACAAACAGCACCAUCAAUGGCGUUGUUGCGCAACAGUUCGGAGGUGCAGCUAUAGUUCUCGAACAUCGCUAUUUUGGCGAGAGCAAUCCUUUCCCGAACCUGGACGUGGACAGUCUCGAGUAUCUAACGAUAGCACAAACCAUCGAAGACCAUGUCUACUUUGCCCAGAAUGUCGUCCUUCCGCAGGACAAUGGUGAUAGUGUAGGUCCAGAUAAGGCGCCGUGGAUCCUGAUGGGUGGAAGUUACCCAGGUGGUUUAGUGAGCUGGACGAUGGCCGCACAUCCCGACAUAUUCUGGAUUGGCUACGCCUCAUCAGCAGUCGUGCAAAUUCAGCUAGACUUCUGGCAAUACUACGAGCCUAUCCGUGAGAACAUGCCGAUGAAUUGUUCCGCCGACGUCGAAGCCGUUAUCGCCUACGUCGACGGGGUCUUCACUAGCAAUGAUACCCAGACCCAAAGUAGCAUCCAAAGAAUGUUUGGGUUUACGUCUAACUUGGAGGUGGCUCAAGCUUUGAGAUGGGAUUUGUGGACGUGGCAGGAUCUGCAGCCAAACACGGGUCCUGGUGCAGCCUUCUACCAAUUCUGUGAUGCGCUGGAGGUGAAGGAUGGUGUGUCGGCGCCCGAGAGUGGAUGGGGAGUGGACAAUGCGCUAUCGGCAUGGGCGAAUUGGUUUGCCGUAAACUAUGAAGCUGAAACUGAUUGUGCUUCCCUUGGCGUGUGUCCUGGUUCCUUGCCACCGAAGCCUGCAGCUGUGCCCGACAAACCAGCCAUUCAUAAGGAGCUCGAAGCUAGAGUCGAUUACCCUGUCGAUGAUGCAACCCGUUCUUGGUCCUGGUUGGAAUGUAAUGAAAUUGAAGAAUCACUGGACGGACCGCCUAUUGGACAGGGAGGUAUCGUUUCGCGACUAAACACGUGGCAAUACGAUCUGGAAGGCUGCGUAACCACUUUUCCCGACGCAUUCUCUACCGCUCCGCUCCCCGACGGCGAGUGUAUCAACACCCUGUACGGCGGGUGGGGUGUCAAAAACACAAGGCUGUUCUUUGCGAAUGGCAAACGCGACCCGUGGAGAGAGUCAACCGUGUCUGCCGUGAAUAGCACGGCGGUGAGCACGGACGACCAACCUAUCGGCCUCUCGGACGGGUUCCAUUGUAGUGAUUUGGUGAUGGCGCUUGCGGCGCCUGACGACACGGUCGUUGCGGUGCAAAAUUCGUUCUUGGCCUACGUCGGGAAGUGGUUACCAGGAUUUGUCGCGCAGUAGAUUUUGGAAAGCAUGACGAGUGACGGAAGGGGGGUUGAUAAAAGUACAUCCACUGGUAUAGAUAUCCGACCCCUGGACGGACCCCCAGGUCAAGAUAUAAUAUUUUUCCCAAGACCCAACUGCGCGAGAUAGCCCAGGGGCUAGCAUGUCCCCAGAUCCUGAAAGGCGAUCGAGACUGUAUAGAGAUGUCGAAUUCAGUGCC